UCACAGGAAAUCGCCUGAAAGCAACUGAGCGAGCCGCGCUCGAUGGCGGCAGUCUUCGCCCAACGCUGUUACAAACUCUUUUUAUCGCUCAUGAUUGUUUACGUAGUACUAACAUGCCUUCAGGAAUGGCUGGGCAAACACCAUGUCUAACCAGCCGAUGGGAUCAGCCAGCCCAGUCUGCGGAAGGGGACACCGGGAAAGUUGCUUAUCGUGUCCCAGAGGCUGUCGGCACGUCUUCUUCAAACAGUUCUCCUCCGACGCAGGAAAAACGACAAUUAAUGGCUGGGCUGGAGAAGCCAGAGCCUCCGGGAGGGGUCGAAAUGGCCGCUGCCAUGGCUGCUAAAAUAAACGCCAUGCUAAUGGCCAAAGGAAAGCUUUUGACUCCUCCACCGUUGUUGACAAAAAAACCAGUUUGUGUGCCAACGCCACCCCUGACAGAAGAUCUAGUUGUCACGGAGGUUGACAUAAAUGACGUGCCUAUAAACUGCAGAGACCUUCUUACUAAAGGCAAAACCCAAGAGGAGAUUCGACUGUGUAGCGGGGCAGUUGUCUCAACUCGAGGAAAUUACAUGUCUGAUGUUGAAAGGGAAAAAGCAGGAGGACAAAGACCUUUGUAUUUACAUGUCCAGGCAAAGACUCAGGAGCAGGUUAAUAAAGCAGUCUCGAGAAUAAAGGAGAUCAUCACUGAGGAUAUGUUGAGAGUCUCCGCGGCUUCAGGGGGGCAAACAAUGCCCAUUAUUCCACCGCUCACGCUGUAUCCUCAGCCCUCUCGGCCCGUUGUCCAAACACCCAACACCAGCUCAACACUGAAUCAGGGCCAUAGACCGGCCGCUCCUCAUCCGGGGAACUUUGUCCACACAAAGAUCUUUGUGGGCUUGGAACAGUCGCUGCCAUCGUUCAACGUAAAUGAAAAGGUGGAAGGUCCGGGAGGAACAUACUUGGGUCACAUACAGACUGAAACGGGAGCCCGAGUCUUCCUCAGGGGCAAAGGUUCCGGCUACAUUGAACAGGCGUCCAAACGGGAGUCCUUUGAGCCGCUUUAUGUUUACAUCAGUCAUCCAAACGCAGCUGGACUGGAGGCAGCCAAGCUACUUACAGAGAGUCUGUUACAAACUGUGAGAGCCGAGCAUGCCAGCUUAAAGUCGUCGUACACGGCCACCGCCUCAACCCAACCAUACGCAACUCAUGGAUAUCCACCUAAUAGCAAUUACUCUAGCCAGUGUUCCUGGUAUAACUACCCAGCCAAUGGGUAUGCUGGAGGCUAUUCAGCGUACCCGGGAGCCGGUGGUUAUUGGAGUAAUGCAAAUGGUCCUCCAAGUCAUUCUAACAUGUCGACAACCCCUCCGUCUUCUCAGGCAAUGGUUCAGUAUCCGGUGUGUCCACGGAAUCCAAAUCCCUAUCUUGUGGAGGGUGCUGGUCGAGGUGAUACAGCGGACCGUCUAGGAGCUUUACACACUCAGCCUGACACAGGAAGUUCACAUCAGCAUGUCUGUGAACCUACUGAGGAACAAAAGCCUGCCAGCUGCUCCCAGGAGACUCCUGCUCAUCAAAAGUCCACACCUCCCCCCGCUGUCAACCAAGAAAAAACAGUAGAGAGGAUGCUGAUGCCCCCGCCACCGCCUCCCUUGGCCGUUCUCACCUCUGGCCCGCGCAAGCGACCGAGCGACAUGGCUACCCAGGCUCCAGACAGUCUGCCCAACAGUGCCGCAACUUCGGGUCUUGUGAAAGAAACAUGUGAGAAGAAACCCAAGAUUUUGUUGGAUGCAUCAGGGCUGGUGCCAUAUGGUGGAGACUCUUCCGAUGAAGAAGAGGAGAGGACUCGUAGCAGUAAGACCAGUAACUCAUGACUCAGCCCGAUAUGUAGGAUACACAAACGAAAGCUACUUUCAGCAACAGUCUUGAAUCCAACCUAAAAGAAAAAUCCAUUUUUAUACUAUGACCCUGCUAGCUUAAGAGUCAGUUUCUUUAUUUUCUGUUCUAGAUGAAUUUUACAUGCUUAAAUAGGCAUUAAAAGUUAAAAUAAUAAUAAUAAAUUGUAUAGUUACCCUUACAAAUGACCAUGUUCAUAUUUUCCGAUUUUGGGAAGAGCCUAGCCAGUAUUUACUUUUUCUGCUCAGACCAAUGCUGCUCUCUUGUGACAGCUUUAAGCAAUUACAAUGUAUUGUGCAUUUAUCAAUACCGGACAAAUCCGGAAUUUGCCUAUUUAUUAGCUCAUGAACACAUUGCGACAAGGUUAUUUAUUUUACCUUAUCAACCUAGUCACUUUCAGAAACAAUGGUCAUGAAAACAAAGUACAAUAACAUCAAUUACAUUUCCUGCAACCCGGUUUUAAGUGUUUUGGGGUAAAAUUUAUGUAUAUGUGUGCCUACAGUUGUUACAAUGAGCAGUCGCAAGACAAAUUUUUAUUUUCGUUGAUCACAAAUAAGCCCCAUUUUUCCUUUUUACUAUUUGAAUUCUGUUACAUCAAAUACUUGUGAAUUUCUGAAUACCGGAGGAAUCUUGAGGAUGGUGAUUGACUCGCUCAUGAACACAAUGCAAGAUUUGACCUGUUUAUCAAAUUAGGAAACAAUAGUCAUUAAAAAAAAAAAAAAACAACAACAACAACCGAGAAAACAAACUGCAACUGCUAAAACCACUUUAAACCUUUUCGAUGGAGUGUUUUUUUGUUUUUUUUUCAUACCGAUGUUACAAUAAACCAGAUUUAUACAGCAAGGUAUUUUUUUAAACCACAAAUCAGGCCCCAUUUUUUUUCCUUGAAGCUAUUUGAAUUCUGUUACAGAUGGUUUACUCACAUUUUACGACCUUUUUCUUCUCUUGGAAAAUGAUGGCUGUCUGUUCCCAUGGAAUACUUUAAUAAAACACCUCAAACU